AUGUCAGGUGACGACCUGCCAGCCAUCACCACGCUCACCACCACCUACUCCUCCAUCACCAUAUACGACAACCACACCAUCAGGUCCUCGUCCAGACUCUCCAGCACUAUUGGCUGCCAAAUGGAAUUCCAUGGAUACCCUAUGGACAUCCAGAAGUGCAAUAUGAUUAUGCAGAGCUUUAUGUAUUCAUCGGAAAGAGGUGGGUUCAACUGGCGGAAGUGGGUUUUCCCGUGGGUGAUCAACAAGGAUAGGUUGCUUUUAGGUUUUAAGCUUAAGAAUCCCAUGAAAACUUUUUUUCAAAAAUCUUCUUACGACGAAAUUGGGGACGGUGAGCGUCAGGUGCGGCAGCUGGUUCUUGAGCUGGAGUUCUCUCGUGCGAUUGGCCACCAUCUGGUACAGACGUUCGUGCCCUCUUUCCUGGUGGUGUGUCUCUCAUGGUUCAGCUUCUGGCUAGGUUUGGACGCCAUCCCCGGCAGAGUGACGCUGCUGGUCACCUCAUUACUCACACUCACCACACUCUUCACAGGCAUCAAGGAAGGCUUGCCCCCUGUAGCCUAUGUCAAGGCUAUCGACGUGUGGAUGGCAGGCUGCAUGGUGUUCAUCUUCGCCGCGCUGGGAGAGUUCGUUAUAGUGCGCUGGCUCAACAUGAGACGACCUCCCAAGCAGCGUCAUGCUGACGACAGGUAUGACCGCCGACGCGGCUCUGUCAAACAGUUUACCGUCAUGUCCAACAAGAUCAGUGACAUUGGCGAUAAACCACUCUCUUCCCAGUUCAGGAAACUUACGAAUAUAGAGACUCAAGAGAACGGUGGGAUGAUGAGGGUAAUGACGGUGAAUCCCAGCUCUCCCGUUAUGCCAGAGUGGGACUCGGAGCCCAGCAAGAACCGUCACCGCAAUCACACUAAACUCCACCAAACUCCUGGACGACUCAGCCUGAAGUGGGUCGACCCUCAGACAGGGGAGAAGAAAUUCCUUUGGAAAGAAAUCGAUAAAGCUUCAAGGAUUGUUUUUCCUCUCAUGUUCUUGUUCUUUAUGAUCAUUUACUUCCCAAUUCUUAUUUUUAGAAUAUUUCAAGGAGGAAAAUAAGUAGAGUACAUUAAUUAAGUACAUUAUGCGUAAACAUUGUACCUAACAUUUAAAUAUAAGAAAAUUAAAAAUAGUUUAUUGAUAAAGCAAAUAGAGAGAUACCACAUUCUUUAUAUAUAUAUUGUUUUAUGAGAAUUUAAUUAUUAUCCCUAGAAAUAGAGCUCAACGUCUACUAGGAUAACUAAUGGUUCUCUCAAUGGUUACUGGGGUUUAAACGAGGACAUUAUGGCUGCACGAGGGACAUUAUAGUUGCAUGUUGCCUGUCCACUACCAGAUAAGAAUACUUUAAAUCUGAAAAUAAGGACUCGAGUAAAUUCUAGCAAGUAUACGCUAAAAGACAUACACGUCCCCAAGUAUACAUGUCUCAUUUUCUCUUUGUAAAUCUUGCUACAGAAAAUGGACAUUCCAUGUUUCAU